CAGAGGUGAACAACUCCCCCAAGCUCCUAGUGAUGGAGUGAGCGCUCAGACGCUUCUGAUGCAGCUCUUUCGCUUGGAGGGCCAGGUCAGAGAACAGCUCCUGGGAGCGACAGAGAAAAAGUCGCCCAAGGGAGUCUCCAACGAGGACGUGGCAGCUUUGGAGCAGCAACAGCAAAAUUUGAAGGUUCAAGUGCAAGAUCUGAGAAAAGAGGUGGCUGCCGCAGAGGCUCAGAAGCUGGAGGCGACAGCUGCGCGAAAGCAACAGGCACAGGAGUUGGCAGAGCUGCAGGGGGAGCUGGAGAAAGAACGGCGACAUUUGGAGGAGAUGAAGCAAACAUGUCAGCAGCUGGAGAAGCAACGGGAGCCACAGGAGCUGCAAAAGGCAGUGCCUCAGGCAACCCAGAGCCAGCAGCCAAAGGUGCUGCCGGAGCUGCAAAAGACAAAGCAGGAGCUGCAAGCCACACAGCUGGAGUUGGAGAAGAGCCGCGAAGAGUUGCGGGCCCUUCGAGGAACGCAGUUGGAGUUGGAGAAGACUCGUGAAGAGUUGCAGGACGGGAACGGGGCAUUGUUCUUGUCCUGUCUGCCUGGACAGUCUGACGACGUGUUGAACAGUUGA